AUAAACACAUAAUCGCCUGAUCCUAAAGCCGAAAUGGAUAUAGAUAUGAAGUGACAGAUGUUAUAAAACAAACAGGAGGUGGAGGAAAAUGUUAAAAUGUUUGGCGCCUUAUAUUUCGUUUUAGACCCGGUUUAUUCAUGUGAGCAUCGUGUCUUGAAUUUUGUAUAUUUUUAGUUGAUUUUGUUUAAUUUUUUUGUCCAGUUUAUUGUAAACGUUCAAUAUGCCUUCCUAUGGUAAAGAAAACGAAAUCGUCGACACCAACCGCCUGCCUACAAAAGUUGACCGAAUGGUAUUGUCCCCCUCAAAAGCCAACAUCAUCCAAAAAGAAUCCAUCAAAUACACCCCACCCAUUCAAGACGGUGACGACUACAAACAAUUUGAUCCAGAACUUGAACCCUUGCUACGAGAAAACCCUAGACGCUUCGUAGUUUUCCCCAUCGAAUAUCCAGACAUUUGGGAAAAAUACAAGAAAGCCGAAGCCUCCUUUUGGACUACCGAAGAAGUUGAUUUAUCUUUGGACCUUGGCGACUGGAAAAGUCUCACUGACAAUGAAAGGCACUUUAUCUCGCAUGUUUUGGCCUUUUUUGCAGCAUCUGAUGGUAUUGUAAAUGAAAAUCUCGUGGAACGAUUCAGUCAGGAAGUACAAGUAACUGAAGCAAGAUGUUUUUAUGGUUUUCAAAUUGCUAUUGAAAAUAUCCACUCAGAAAUGUACAGUAUGCUUAUUGAGACUUAUAUCAAUGAUCCAAAAGAGAAGCAGUUUUUGUUUAAUGCUGUUGAAACUUUGCCUUGUGUCAAAAAGAAGGCCGAUUGGGCUUUGAAAUGGAUCAACUCGAAAACCUCUACCUUUGGUGAACGGAUUGUGGCUUUUGCUGCAGUUGAAGGCAUCUUUUUUUCUGGCAGUUUUGCAUCAAUUUUCUGGCUCAAGAAACGUGGACUUAUGCCUGGGCUUACUUUUUCAAAUGAACUUAUUUCCAGAGAUGAAGGAUUGCAUUGUGACUUUGCUUGCCUCUUAUUCUCACAUCUUGUACAAAAACCUUCAAAAGAACGAGUGACAAGUAUUAUUAAAGAUGCUGUUAUUAUUGAGCAAGAGUUCUUGUCAGAUGCCCUGCCUGUUAGUCUUAUUGGCAUGAACUGCAAUCUUAUGUGUCAGUACAUUGAGUUUGUAGCUGACAGAUUGUUGUCUGAGCUUGGUUGUGACAAAAUCUACAAUGUUACUAAUCCUUUUGAUUUUAUGAAUAUUAUUUCUGUAGAGGGAAAGACCAACUUUUUUGAAAAAAAGGUGGGAGAGUAUCAGAAAGUUGGCGUGACUGGAGACGCAGAGGAGAACAGUAUGUUCACUACUGACGCAAAUUUUUAAUUAUUAGGUUCAUAAUAAGUAGUUUUAGGUUUAUUUUAAAUGGCACUUUUAUAAUUAUUUUAGUUCGUAUUGCACAAAAUGGUUUAUUUUAUCCUAAAAGUUUUGUUUACUUGAAUAUUUUAUUUUGUUUGACUGGGUUCUGAUGAAUGAAAAUGUAGUUUGUUUAUUUGAUGUGUGAUAUAUUUGAAAUAAAUAUCUUAAGUAAUUAUGUUUUUCUUUAAUUAUUUUGUAAAUUUUAAAAAUCAUGGGAAAAGGCAUCACUAUUGGCAACACCGUACCACAGCUGAUUUUUCUGACACUGACAUGUUUUUUUUUUCUUCUACUACACACAAAAACAAUUCCACCCAUUUAAAUUUUUAAAAAGAAAUGUUUUCUACAAUUUUCCCCAUUUCAAUUUUCCUCGUGAUACAUUUCAAUUCGGGUUUUGGGUUCGAACUGAAAAUCGAAUGUGAUGCUCCAAUCGUUUUGGGGGCUACACUGAAUUGUACCACUUGGGUAUUCAAGGAGGAUGGUAAAACGUUAGCCGGUGGCAACUUUAAAUAUGCCUGGAAAGAUGAUGCCAUUCCACCUAAUAACAGAUUGAUGGAAUCUGGUCCCAAUGUAGACACAUGGUCAGUGCCAUAUAACAGCUCGAUAUACACUGCUGGCGGAUAUGUGAUACGAGUGGACGUUUGUGAAUGGAUCCUUGGCAUGUUUUGUACUUACCAAAAUUCAGCUGGCACCUUUUUUAUGAUUACAGAGUCUCUCAAUGGCAACUUACUUUUGGCUCAAAAAAACGAAACCAGAGACAGCUUCGUUUCUACCAGUGACACACUCAAAACCGCUGUAGCUCUAAAACCUUCGGACAAAAACUACAUUACCAAAGCCCCAAAGGUGCUCUCCUAUUGGUUCAUCGAUUGUGUAUAUUAUGGCAUAACUACAGAUUUGCAGUUUGAUUAUAAUUUUACUAAAUCAGAUGAAAAUCACAUGAUUGAAUCGUUGGUUGUGGGCGAUUUCACUCCUUUACCUCCGCCUACAACCUUACCACCACCAACUACUAGUACUCCUAGUACAACUAUUUCAACAACAAUUAUGUCUUCAACAACCUCAAAACCUCCAUCAUCCAAAUCAAAACGCUCAAUUGACAAUCAAAUUAAUAAAGAUUCAAUAUUAUCUGCCAAAAACGAUAGUCAAUCAAAUAAUAUUAAAGUAUGGGAAAAUGGUGUUUUGGUACCUUAUAAUGGCAGUUUUCCUUAUGUGUGCAACAGCACCGUCAUAACUACAGAUAGUCAUAAGGUUUAUGGAUAUUUUCAGAAAAUAGUUACAACAAAAGCUCCAAUUUCAAAUAUUACCGUGUCUGGUAACAAUUGGUUGCAGCAAGGAGAAAUAUUGAGCCUCAACGUCAACUGUAAAGGAUCUGAAAAAAUGCAAUUUUGUGUUGACUACAAACGAGGUUUAUACAAUGUCACUGGCAACGAGACUUGUCAUGAAUACGACGAAUUGGAUACCUGCGAUUUUCCUAUAAAGAGAUACUUGCAGGAUCAACACACUGUGAUAAUAAUUAUUAAAAAUGAUGUUAGCAAAAAGGUUACUUCUGUGGCAGUAACUAUUUACAAAGUCAAGCAACAAGCUCAGCUAUCAGUCAUCGUAAUUCCAGUAGUCUUUGGCCUAAUAGCUGUUGUCACCAUAGUCUUUGGGGUGGCCUAUUACCUUCAAAAUAGAUCGAGGUUCAUAGUAGAGGUAGCUGAUUUCGAUUUUGGACCGAAAUACGCCGACAUGGAAUACAAAACCUUCAAAGAUCGCUUAAAAGACUCAAUAGUGAACGCUUUUACUAGAGACCCCAUGCCAUCUUCUUCGGAGGCGCCAAUUUGGCCACCUGGGCAUAAGUACGGCAGCAUGACGUAAUGUGAGAAAAGUAACGAAUUUGCAAAAGAUGAUAAUUUUAGUGAGAUAGUUUAAUAAUUUAGCUGGAUAAUAAUAACUAUAUUAGUCUAUUUUCGGCGUUAUUUUUCAAUUCACUAUAGGUUUGUUUCAGCAAAUAUAUAUAGGUCACAUUUAGGUUGGACCAAUGCAAGAAGCCAAAAAGUAAGUAAAUCUCUUGUUGGAACAAACCUCAUUGGGUAAAUAUGAAAUUUACAAGCCCAAAAAAAUUUGGAAAUUGAGUAUGACUGAAAAUUUGUGUGUUUUAAUUUUGGAUACGCUUUUCAGUGUUUGUAUUUAAUUUAAUUUGCACUGGACAGCAAUUCUUUGAAAAAAUUCUCAAUAUUAUUAUUAUUGUUUUUAAAUUGAAACCUAUAAUUAUUUAUUGGUGUAUCUUGGAAUGUUGACUGCCACCAUGAUAUCCGGAUUACCAAAAUGUUAACUUUUUCAGCAUAAAUAUAUUGUUUAAUUGCUUAGAAAAAUGCUUUUCUUAAAGUGUUCCUUGAUUGGUUUAUUUUGAAAGUAUGCUUGUAAGCUUUUGAAUCAUUAACUGGUUCCAGCAUCUUGAUCAUGGUCAGUCAUCAUGUUAAUUUCCACUCGACUAACUUUAUUAUAAAAUAUAAUAUUUUAAGCUUUGUUGUAUAAUAUUUGUUAUUAAUAAAAUAGUUUGUAUUAUAAAAUAGUGACUGAUUUCUACCCCCCUCAAACAAAUAAAUAACAAAGUGUGUAGUCAACAAUAUUUAUUAGCAUGCUUCACAUCCACAAUCAAUUCCAUGGGCAUAAAUUUUGAUAAUGGUCAUAUCUAAUUCAAACUGGAUAUUAUCCUCAUUGUGAGCAAUAAAUCGUGGAAGGAGAAGGUGAUCCCAUAAAAUAAAACUUCGAAAACCCCAAUUCAUACUUUCACCACUACGUUUUCCGAACACAUAUCGGGAUUUUGAAUUAGCUGGAGUUAAAGUACGAGAAAUAUUUUGAUUGCCAUAAGAGAGAAGAGUAACGGUCAUUUGAACAUGGAAAGAAUAUUGGUUUUCACGUUCAUCGUCAACUUUCUGAAGAAAAAUGCUCAUGUAAUCAUCAUCCUUAUCUUCAUCAAAUUUUCUUUCAAGGUACAUACACCAUUUACUGUUGCAUAAAGUAAAAUAAUGAGAAUAUUUGUAUUCAUCAACUUCCAUUGAAUUAAUACCAUAGAAGUCUAUGAAUAAUUUUUGCGACCCAGUACUACGGUGAUCUAUGUCCAAAUAAUCGUCAGAAUUUCCUGCCAUUGUCAAUUUCGA